AUGGAGACCGACAUUUUCGGUCACAAGUCUAACAGCACCUACUUCACGGACAUUGACAUUGCACGAGUGCAUUUGGUUACCACCAUGUUUGGGGAGGGCAUUGAGACAAUUCGUGGUGGUACGACGAUGAAUGGGCUCAGCAGGAAGCCGUACAGCAAGUUUUCCUUGGCUCUAGGCGCGGUGAGCUGUACCUUUCAGAAAGAAUUGCUUCCUUACGAGACUUAUGACAUGUGGACGCGAAUUUUGUCUUGGGAUGACAAAUGGCUUUACAUUGUGACACACUUUGUCAAGAAAGAGUCAGCAAUAUAUCCUCGACGAUCGUCACUAUAUCCCGAACAAGGUGUGAAAGAUGCGUCAAACUUUGGACAAGAUAAGGUCAACUCAGAAAGCGCCGAGAGUCAAGCCGCCGCUGGUGGGUUGGCGCGAUACCCCAUUGCUGCAUCUGCUAUGAGCAAAGUAGUGUUCAAAAACGGCCGACGCACCAUCAAACCACGGGAGAUGAUUGCUGCGUCUGGUCUCUUGGGAAACAAAAAUCAUGGUGAAACUGAAAGAGAAGGAAGCAUAGACACUGCAGCAUGUGAAAAUGCAACUGAGAAGGAACGGCAGCGUGGAAUGCGAAUUGCAUCUAUGUUAGCCAAUCAGAUUGAUCUGGAAAAGGAAUUCAAUGGAGAUGUGGCCCUUGGAAGACAUCACGAUGGAUUCGGGGUCGAAGGAGUUGUGGCAACCCUGGCGCAGUUGGGCAAGAUCUCGAAUUUUCAACUUAUAUAG